UGAGUCGUGUAGUCGAUACAAAUUGUAUCGACUACACGAUUCGUUUGAUCGCUGCGAUUUAACAUCCUUAGACUGGGCUGGGGUGGUGAGGGUCUAGCUAGGAUUCCAGCCAAUGGGACUAACAAAAAGCAUCCAGGAGAGCAGUUUCCUGCACUGCCAGUAGGAGGCACUGGGUGGCCACUUUCCUCCCCCAUGACCUGGAUCCAACUUGUGAGGCUUGAGGCUCCCCCACAGCAAUGGGAGGCCAACCUCAUGGGAUGCGUGUGGGGCUGCAGUGCCGGGGAAGGGGAGCAGCCCUGAGCCUGUGGCCCACGGUCGAGGACCACUCUUGAGAACCACUUGGCUAAGGUUAGAAGUAAGGCAGUAAAAUACUGCUGAAGCCGAGGCAGACGGCAGAAUUAGCUGUUGCAGGAAGCUAUCCUGGCAAACCGCAUAUCUGCGAGAGGAGGAACUGGAUCGUUUCAUGAUCAUGAGUAGCACUUCUAAUAAAUGUGGCCAAGUUAAUUAACAUUGAAUCUCCUUCAGAGUAAAGUAUUAUGCAGCCCAGUUAGGUGAUUCUGCCCCAUUGAAGUCAAUAAAGAUGUAUCAUUGACUUCCAUGGGCAUAAGAUACCAAGUUCUUAUUGGGAAAGGGGGUCUGUUUUUUCCAGUAUCAUAAGUGGCCAGGUGCAGGUACUUAACUAGGGUAGUGAGCCCAGUGGUAUGCAAUCCUACUGCUAGAAUGAUCAAAGGCAUGGCAGCGCUGAGGGACAGAAAUACAAAAAACAAUUUACUAUGAGACAUUGCUAACUGUUGCCACACCAGUGACAUGAAGCUGUUCUCUCAUUCACAGUCUAAAGAGAGGCCACGAGGGACCCCUCUUUUCCUUUUACCUACGACUGAAAUAACAUUUUGUCAGCUGUCUGAGGAUGGACUUCCACAGACUCCUCUUCAACAUCAGUGAAGCUCUGACCACAGAAGAUCUGGUGGCUCUGAAGUUUCUAAGCCUGGAAUACAUCCCACUGCGGAAGCAGGAAAACAUCCAGGAUUCUGAAGCCUUAUUCCUAGCACUUGAGGAAAGGGGAAUGAUGGAGAAAGACGACCUGUCCUUCUUAAAGGAACUGCUGUUCAGGAUAAACCGCAUAGAUGUCCUGACUGAUAAACUGCACUCCAGCAGAGAGGAGAUGGAGAGGGAGCUUCAAAUUCCAGGGAGGGCAAAGGUGUCUCCGUUCAGAUACCUGCUUUUCCAGCUCUCAGAAAACAUAACAACAGAUGAGUUGAAAUCUUGGAAGUUUCUUCUGAAGAAAGAGCUUCCAAAGUGCAAGAUGGACAAUGAGAUAACAAUGAUCGAUGUUUUAAUUGAGAUGGAGAAGAAGGGACUGUUGGCAGAAGAAAACCUAAAGACCCUUAAGACUAUUUGUGAGAAAAUUGACAAAAGCCUCCUGAAGAAAAUUGAAGAAUAUGAAUUAGUGCAAAGUGUAGAAAUGUACGUUGUGGAAGGACAUGGAGGUCAAAGAGUCUCUGAAGGCGGGGACAGCCUUUGGGUUUCUCAGACUGCACGGGAUUCUCCAGGCACCCAGGAAGAAAUCCAGCAGACUGACAUGUACAAAAUGAACAGCCAGCCCCGUGGAAUCUGCCUGAUCCUCAACAAUCAUGACUUUUCAAAAGCAAGAUCAGAGGUGCCUAAACUUCAACAAAUGAAAGACCGGAACGGAACAAACGCUGAUGCAGCUCUGACAAAGGUCUUCACCAAACUUCACUUUGAGAUAAAAGAGCACAGAGACCUCACUGCAGCAGAUAUCCGUCACAUCACGCACAUGUACAGGAACAAGGAUCACCGUGCCCACGACUGCUUUGUUUGCUGCAUCCUUUCCCAUGGUGAUAAAGGCAUCGUAUUUGGUACUGAUGGGCAGGAAAUACCUAUCCAGGAACUAACCACUUCUUUCACUGGCACGAACUGCCCAUCACUUGCUGGAAAACCAAAAGUAUUCUUCAUUCAGGCCUGCCAAGGUGACACAUUCCAGAGAGGGAUACAUAUAGAAACCGAUUCUACAGAGACGGAUUAUUCUGUAGAGGCAGAUGCAAGAUUUCAACUGGAGUGCAUUCCAAAUGAGGCAGACUUUCUGCUUGGAAUGGCCACCAUGAAGGAUUUUGUUUCCUACAGAAGCACAACCCAAGGCACGUGGUAUAUACAGUCACUGUGUGAACACCUCGAGAAGAGUUGUCCACGAGGAGAGGAUAUUCUCUCUAUCCUGACAGCAGUGAACCAGGAGGUUAGCAGAAAGAAUGACAGGCUGAACCAAGGGAAGCAGAUGCCACAACCCAGUUUCACACUCAGGAAAAAACUCAUCUUCCCCAUCAACUGAACUGGGAACUGUAGUCUCACCACCCUGAAAUGUGCUGUAAGAAAGUCUUCGGUUACAAAAUUACAGCUUUCAAUUUGUGCUCUCAGCUUGAGAACUAAACAUAUUUGAAACAAACAGCCUGUGCUCUGGAAAGCUACAUCGAAGGUGUUCGCUUUUUGAAGUCUAUCAAAAUUGAGAGUGCAGCUAGGUUGCCAGUAUUUCUCAGCGACUGCUCUGUGGACUGUCACUGGUCCUGAGAUCUCCUUGUUACAGUUUAGGAAGGGAUAAGUCUCUGGUAUUCAACAGGUUGAGAAAUACUGCUGUUGAUUAUAGCAGGUAUUAAUAUAGUGGCACAUAGCCACUUUUUCAAAUGAUGCAUUAUUCAGGGAGAACUGUUUACCAAAUUUGAUAAAGAGUAAAGUUGAUAAAGAGGAUAUUGACUAAUCAAGUUUAGUGUUGUGCAUACACGUGGUUUAUGAUCGGCUUGUACAAAAGAAAGAUUCAAAAAAUUUUCUCCCCCUGAAAAGCAGAAUAAAAUUUGAGUCUAAAAGGGGGGAUUUGGAGAAAAAAUGGCAAAGGCUUAUACCACAAGUGCAUUUUCAAAGGACUGUUGCUAUUAUUAACUUGUCUGACCAUCAUAGUAUGUUCUUUUCUUAGUAAACUGUCCUUUAUACUUA